AGGAUGUUGGAAACUUUACAUAUGGACCAGGUCAUCCGAUGAAACCUCAUAGAAUGCGAAUGACCCAUGACUUAGUCAUAAACUAUAACUUAUUUCGUAAAAUGGAAAUACUUACUCCUAAACGUGCGUCACCAAGACAAAUGACGCGGUUUCAUACUGAUGAAUAUAUUGAUUUCUUGUAUAGAGUUACACCAUUGAAUGUUGAAGAAUUAUCUCAACAACAGACGCGAUAUGUUCCACCUAGUAUUUAUGAUACAGAUUAUGAAGAGGAGGAGGAAGAUCCAGAUAUAAGAAUGUCACAAAAUGAAUAUUCAGAUUCAGAUGACGAGAUUGGAAGAAGAAAUGAAAGAUGUUAUCAUCCUAACGGAAAUAAUCCUUUAAU